UACAGGAGACCUUCAACGAGUCUAAUCAGGGAGGGACCAGGAGAGAUGGUAUCAUCUCUGGGUGGGCUCCAACGUGAGGGCUGCGUGGCUGAGCAGUGCAAAGGCCUCAAUCCUGCACUCCAUGGGGACUGCACAUACAGACCAGGAGCUGGAGUGGGGUGAGAGGUGAAUUAUAGACACAAGGGGAUCCUCUGCAGGAAGGAGGCCAAGGGAAAGAGGCUUGAAAGGCUUGGUAUUUCACCCACCGCAACUCACUGCCGGAGUAAGCAGGGCUCCCCUUCCCAGGGCUGAGGGGAGGAGGGGGUGUGUGCUCUCCCAGGGCUGAGAAGUGGCGGGUGAGCUGGUGGUUCCUUACUGCCCGAGCUCUGUCUAGGAAGGUGCGUCCUCACCAUGCUGGAUGGUGUCCUAGUCCAGGAGCGCCCCCUGAACUCCUGGCCUAGACUUCGAAGGGUUGGGUAGAUGAGCAAAGACCUUACAAAGACCUUAGGGGAUACCUGUUCAGGAGCGCCCAGGAAUUACUGGGCUACCAUUCUGCAGACUGUAGGACAAGCUUCAAGAACAGGAAGGAAGUCUUGCAGCUGAAGGGAGGCACUCCUUGGCCUCUGCAGCCGACCACAUGAAGGUGGUGCCAAGCCUCCUGCUCUCUGUCCUCCUGGCACAGGUGUGGUUGGUACCCGGCUUGGCCCCCAGUCCUCAGUCGCCAGAGGCCCCGGCCCCUCAGAACCAGACCAGCAGGGUAGUGCAGGCUCCCAGGGAGGAAGAGGAGGAUGAGGAGGCGGCCAGCGAGAAGGCCAGUGAGGAGGAGAAAGCCUGGCUGAUAGCUAGUGGGCAGCAGCUUGCCAAGGAGACUUCAAACUUCGGAUUCAGCCUGCUGCGAAAGAUCUCCAUAAGGCACGAUGGCAACAUGGUCUUCUCUCCAUUUGGCGUCUCCUUGGCCAUGGCAGGCUUGAUGCUGGGGGCCACAGGGCUGACCAAAGCCCAGAUCAAGACAGGGCUCCACUUGCAGUCCCUGAACACCACCAAGCCCGGGCUCCUGCCCUCCCUCUUUAAGGGACUCAGAGAGACCCUCUCCCACAACUUGGAACUGGGCCUCACACAGGGGAGUUUUGCCUUCAUCCACAAGGAUUUUGAUGUCAAAGAGCUCUUCCUCAAUUUAUCCAAGAGGUAUUUUGAUACAGAGUGUGUGCUUAUGAAUUUUCACAAUGCCUCACAGGCCAAAAGGCUCAUGAAUCAUUACAUUAACAAAGAGACUCGGGGGAAAAUUCCCAAACUGUUUGACGAGAUUUAUCCUGAAACCAAAUUAAUUCUUGUGGAUUACAUCUUGUUCAAAGGGAAAUGGCUGACCCCAUUUGACCCUGUCUUCACCGAAGCCGACACUUUCCAGCUAGACAAGUACAAGACCAUUAAGGUGCCCAUGAUGUAUGGUGCAGGCAAGUUUGCCUCCACCUUUGACAAGAAUUUUCAUUGUCAUGUCCUCAAACUGCCCUACCAAGGAAAUGCCACCAUGCUGGUGGUCCUCAUGGAGAAAAUGGGUGACCACCUCGCUUUUGAAGACUACCUGACCACAGACUUGGUGGAGACAUGGCUCAGAAACAUGAAAACCAGAAACAUGGAAGUUUUCUUUCCAAAGUUCAAGCUAGAUCAGAAGUAUGAGAUGCAUGAGCUGCUUAAGCAGAUGGGAAUCAGAAGAAUCUUCUCACCCUGGGCUGACCUUAGUGAACUCUCAGCUACUGGAAGAAAUCUCCAAGUAUCCAGGGUUUUACAAAGAACAGUGAUUGAAGUUGAUGAAAGGGGCACUGAGGCAGUGGCAGGAACCUUGUCAGAAAUUACUGCUUAUUCCAUGCCUCCUGUCAUCAAAGUGAACCGGCCAUUUCAUUUCAUGAUCUAUGAAGAAACCUCUGGAAUGCUUCUGUUUCUGGGAAGGGUGGUGAAUCCGACUCUCCUAUAAUUCAGGAAGUGCAUAAGCACUUCGUGCUGCAGUAGAUGCUGAAUCUGAGGUAUCAAAUCCACACAGGAUACCAGCAAUGGAUGGCAGGGGAGAGUGUUCCUUUUGUUCUUAACUAGUUUAGGGUGUUCUCAAAUAUAGUAGUCCCCACUUAUCUGAGGGGUAUACAUUCAAAGACCCCCAGCGGAUGCCUGAAAUGGUGGACAGUGCUGAACCUUAUAUAUAUAGUUUCCUACACAUACAUACCUAUGAUAAAGUUUAAUUUAUAAAUUAGGUACAGUAAGAGAUUAACAACAAUAAUAACAUUAAGUAAAAUAAGUUACUUGAAUGCAGGCACUGCAAUACCCUAACAGUCAAACUGACUAUAGAGAAGGCUACUAAGUGACUCACAGGCGAGGAGCACAGACAGUGUGGAGACAUUGGGCAAGGGGAGAAUUCACAUCCUGGGUGGGACAGAGCAGGACGAUGCAAGAUUCCAUCCCACUACUUAGAAUGGCAUGCCACUUAAAACUUUUAGAUUGUUUAUUUCUGGAAUUUUUCAUUUAAUGUUUUCAGACCAUGGUUGACCACAGUUAACUGAGACUACAGAAAGCAAAACCAUGGAUAAGGGAGGACUACUACAAAAGCAUUACAUUGAUUUUUUUUUAAGAUGUUUGUGUAAUCCGUCUGGUAUUUUAAGCCUGUUUCAAACAGCCUUAGUUAUUUGGCUGAAGACUAGCUGGGUAGAAUAUCUUUUCUCUCUUGCUCACAUAUUUGGAUUUUUAAAAAGUUGUAGAUGAGAACACUAUGUCGAGAUAAAGCCUUUGGGCUUUAUCUCCUUGAGUCAUGUGCUUCUCUCUCUUUACUUCUCUCUGGUGCAACAUAAGUGUUUUAUUUUAAUCUAUUAUGGAGUCAUUUAUUGCUGAUGACAUCAGAAGAAAAAUAGCUCUAAUCAGUCCUGAUCACAGCAUCUACUUCCAUGGUGCAUCAAAUCGCAUGGCAGAGGCAUUGGCUGAACCACAGAUCAUCUAGUUCAAUACCUUCAUUUUACAAAAGAAAGAAAGAGGGACCCAGAAACAGGUCCACAUUCUUACUUUCAUGGGCCCUAGGCACUUUUAACCUCGUAGACUCCUUUCCUUCAUGAAGAUAUGUAUGUUUUAUGGCUGCAUUGGUAGAAAGAUGAAUAUAUUCGUCUUUUGAAAUUGCGUAUCUGGUUUCAAAGUUAUUUGUCUAGCAUAUGGCGAUAAGUAAAACACCUUCGUGGGCCCUUACAGUACUGUCAGCCUUAGGCACUGUGUCUUCUGCAUCUAGUGGAUAAGUCAUACCUUAUAUACCAGUGGGAAGAAAACACUUGUCCAAGGUCUUCCAGUGUGAGAAUGGCAGAGUCAGAGGCCUACCUUUCCUGAGUCUAGUCCCCAAGCCCUUUUUACUCUUCCUUCCUUCCAUCUAAAACAUCUGAUGGGGACCAGGUAAACAGCAUGAACUAUAGCUACUCAUGGGGGUUAAACAGAAUAUAAGCACAAACUUUGUCCCAGGGUGAAAAGGGAAAUUGUAAAUAUCCCUGAUCUUCCUUAGGCAGUCAUUUUCUGUCACAGAAACAGAAAAGACCAUAUUCAGAGAAUCCUGAAUAGAGCUAACUUACAGUGUCAACUAUGUUAAUUAAAUGCCUAAUUGGA